AAAUAUAAGUAAAACUACGUGUUGAUCAAAGAGGUAGUUCAUUGUGUGUUGGAGGGUGUAAUAGCUUACAAGUGUUUUCAUCAUGCAACAAUCCAAUCCCUUAUAACCCUACAACACAUCCCACCACCACUCUAAUUCACUUUUCAAAUUAAACACCACCCAAUUAAUUACAUACGAUCAUUACACUGAUAGAAUAUAAAUCAUCAUGUCAUCCUCAACAAUCCCAUCAUUAGUCUCAUACUCACUCCUAAGAAAAACAACCCCCAUCACCAAACCUCUCCACACCACAGACUUGCCCACAAAAAAACCUCUCCCCAUCAUAAACGCCAUCACCAUGUGGAGUCUUUCCUCAAAUAAUGACAACACACCCAACUACCCCGGAAAAGCCCCACCCGAAAUUCCAAUCAUACCCAAAACCGAACCUCCUUCAGUUCCUAAAGAGAAUCCCACCAUGCCAACCCGUAAACCCGAACUAGACCCGGAUGUUCCACCCGAAAUAGUUACUCCUCCUCCCGAGUUCACACCGUUUCUGAAUCCGAAUCCGAAACCGAAACCGGAAGCUCCAAAACCUCCACUAUCUCCUCCGGGACAAGAUACGCCGUUCCCGAGACCUGAUGUUGUACCGCCUCGGCCACCUGAUGUUGUUCCUCCGCGUCCUCCUGGACCAGAUAUUGUUCCGCCGCCAUCUACUCCACCGCCACCAACAGGACCAACGAUGAUUCUGUAGCUAUUACGAUCUGGAUUCUUUGCAAGGUUAAUGACUGACUUGUUGUCGAUAUGCAGCACCUGAAGUUUCUUCACUUCGACCUCCAUCUCUUCUCCAAAUUACUUCACAAACAUCAUAGGAUUUUGUUAUAUAUUUAGCCUCUCACAUGAUGAUAAUGACACCACAAGUUAUUUUCUCGAGCACCAUGAGAUUGGGGCACCAAAUACUUGAAAGAAGUAACCACUUGUGCUUCUUUGAUCUUCCUUGUCUCCUGAUCGGGAAAAUAGCAAGUGUACUAUUUUGCGAUGUAGUAAUAAUAGGGAUGUUUCUCAAAGAUCGAUUUCGAGGAUUGCGCAACAAUAUAGGUGUAAAUUGUUACUCAAUUGAACAAAACUAAGAAUUGGGAUUUUGUAAAAAGUCACUGCAAGAGAAAAUAAAAUAAAUCUUUUCACAAGUUAUAAUAAUAUGCCAAGGAUGAUGUACGAGAAUCUCCUGUAAUGACCCUUGAGUGUAUAUCUCCUUAAUAAUGAAAAUUGUUUCAAUUACCAGA